CGCGGCGCGGCCGAACUCGAGAAUUUGUGCGCUUGCGCGUUGCGGGCGGGGCCAGUGGGGCGGAGCGGCCACCAUCUUGGGACGGAGGCGGAGCAGAGCCGACUAGGAGCGACCGAGCGGGCCUCCGCCGCCGCCAUGAACCCCGAAUAUGACUACCUGUUUAAGCUGCUUUUGAUUGGUGACUCCGGUGUGGGCAAGUCAUGCCUGCUUCUGCGGUUCGCUGAUGAUACGUACACAGAGAGCUACAUCAGCACCAUUGGGGUGGACUUCAAAAUCCGAACCAUUGAGCUGGAUGGUAAAACCAUCAAACUUCAGAUUUGGGACACAGCUGGCCAGGAACGGUUUCGGACCAUCACUUCCAGCUACUACCGGGGGGCUCAUGGCAUCAUUGUGGUGUACGAUGUCACUGACCAGGAAUCCUAUGCCAACGUGAAGCAGUGGCUGCAGGAGAUUGACCGCUAUGCCAGUGAGAAUGUCAAUAAGCUCCUGGUGGGCAACAAGAGUGACCUCACUACCAAGAAGGUGGUGGACAACACCACAGCCAAGGAGUUUGCAGACUCUCUGGGCAUCCCCUUUCUAGAGACAAGUGCCAAGAAUGCCACGAAUGUUGAGCAGGCUUUCAUGACUAUGGCUGCUGAGAUCAAAAAGCGGAUGGGGCCCGGGGCAGCCUCAGGAGGAGAACGGCCCAACCUCAAGAUCGACAGCACCCCUGUGAAGCCAGCUGGUGGCGGCUGUUGCUAGGAGGGGCACUUGGGAUGGGACAGGAGGGGAUACCGCCAGAUGAUGCCUCUGGAGCAGGCAGGAGGUGCCUCCUUCCUCUCCUGGGCAUUUGAGUCUGUGGCUUUGAGGUAUCCUGGGCUCCCCGUCUCCCUCUGGCCCAUCUGCCUGCUGUCCUGAGCCCUGGUUCUGUCAGGGUCCCCAAGGGAGGACACACAGGACCUGUGGCAAGAGCAGGGACAGGGGCUGCUCUGCUGCUGCCUUUAGGUACCUUGGAAAGAUGCCCCACUGUGCGCCUUCCUUUGGAACGAGGGCUCCUCUGUCUCCUUUUCCCCAUGUAUGCUGCACUGGGUUUCUCUUCUUUCUCUCCCCUUUCCCAAGAGCUGAGGCCUCCUGGCCUCUGCUGCCUCUGCCUGCAGUCAGAGCUUCAGUUAAGGACUGUAAUCAGGGGAUCCAAGGCCUGAGAUCUAGGGCUCUGGGCUGGACCUCAGAAUGGGUAUGGGGGCACAGGAGCCCAGCAGCCUACUUUCUUCUGCCUCCCUCCACCCCUUACACUCACAGCUCAAGCCGUCCAGCUGCAGUGGGGUCCAAGCAGGGCUAGGGCAGGUGGGCGGGAGGCUGUGCUGGGCCUGUGUGUUGAGCCCAGAGGGAUCCUGUUCCUGCUGCCCUCUACCCUGCCAGAGCCAGGCCCAUGUGCUGCCUGCCCACCAUGCCCCUUUGUGCCCAAGGCAGGCGGAGGUGGAAGGCCCACCUGCCAGAGGCCAGGCACAGCCUUAACCCUCACUCUGCCAGCACCCCUUCUCUGCCUGAGGCAGCACAUUCGGUUUAUUCUUCCAUUGCGCAGACCCAUCCCUUCCUCUAUCUUGGGGAAUGUGGGUGCAGCCCAGGGUCAGGGGCGUCUCUGUUCACUCGCUCAACCAGGCUCCUUGCCCUCUGCACAGCUUCUUCCUGCAGAAGACAAACCUCGGGUCUCUGCCUGAGAAGCCAUGUCCCACCCACACCCCCACCUUCCCGUCCAGCUUGUAUUUAAAUCCCUGGGCACCCCUUUGGGCCCUGACUCCCAAGUUCCCCUCUGGUGUUAUGUCAGGCAUUUUGCAAGGAAAAGCCACUUGGGGAAAGAUGGAAAAGGACAACAAAACCAAUAAAUUUCCACUGGCCCUUGGGUGAGCCGAGGGUUUUUGCAAGGAA